ACUCAAGAACCUCACGAGGUAAGGGAUGGCUUAUAACUUUUAUCCUGUUGGACAUCCCUACACUUCAACAGAAAUCAUGGCAAACGUUUCCUGGACUGAAGGUGUCUCCAACAGGACAGCUGUCAGGUUGGAAGCAGACUUCCAGUAUUCCUUGUUCACCAUUAUUUACAGCAUUGUGUUCAUGCUGGGACUGACAGAAAACAUCUCAGCUCUGUACCUCCUGUCUAAUAAAGCAAGGCACACUUCUCCUUCCUACAUCUACAUGAUAAACCUAGCUCUGGCAGACACCUUGUUUGUUUGUGUGUUGCCUUUUAAAAUUCAUUACCACCUGAAUCGGAACAAUUGGAUCUUUGGUGACAUGGCCUGUAGGAUAACUGGGACUUUGUACUACAUCAACAUCUAUCUAAGCAUCGUCUUUUUCACCUGCAUUUGUGUCGAUCGUUACAUUGCAGUGCUGCACCCCUUCACGUACAUCCAGAUCAGAGUCACUCACUACGUGGUGGUGGCCACAAUCCUUUGGGUGGUUGCCCUCAGCAUCAUGGUUGCGCUCAUUUUCGGUGGUCCCCUCCACAACAAAGGCCUCAGGAACACCACCAUGUGUUUUGAGAACUUUGCAAGGAGCAGCUGGAUUUCUCGCAUGGCCCUUUACAACAUCCUGGCCUUGGUUUUUGGUUUUGUCAUCCCGUUUUCCAUCAUUCUGAUCUGCUACCCUCUGAUUGCGAGGAGGAUCUCCCAGAUCAAACACAGCAUUCGCAAGAGGAAAGCUCUGACUACCAUCUACAUCAUCUUGCUCAUUUGUACUUUCUGCUUUCUCCCAUACCACCUCACCCAUUUCCUCCAUUUUUUAAUGAGAAGCCAGGUCAUCCAGAACAAGUCAUUUACUAACCUGAUCUACAAAAUGCGAAGGGUCACCUUAGCCCUGGUGAGUUUCAACUGUUGCCUCAAUCCGUUCCUGUACUACUUCACCUCUUCUAGCAGGACGUGGCACUUCAACUUCAACUUCAGGUUCAGGUUCAGGUCUAAAAUGGUGUACACCAUCUGUGAUCAGAAUCUUGGAGAGUACACCUAUAUUUAUAAACUACACCAGAGAUGUGAAAAUAAAAAACAGAGAGAUGGAAUCAACUGACCUACUCCAAAAUCACACAGCUUCAGAGAACUGCUGACUUUCCUACCUGCAGAGUGGGACUCUACCAUCACAAGUGGAAAGAAUUUAUCAUUUACGAGUUACCAAUCAACAGAAAGCCAUGACUGAUUCAACUUGCUGAAAAGCCAGUAACUUUAGAGGAUGAACUUUUGGUAACAGCUAAACAGCCCCAAUGCCAUCUUCCUAUGCCAUCUCCCUUAACAAACAAUGGAAGGACUUCCAGCACUGCAGGGACUUCUCUGCAACUAACCACAAAUGUCACAGUGUGGACAAAAAAGGAUUUUUUUAAAAUAUAUUUUACUAGAAACUACAUCAAGAAGGUGCAGGAUUCUUUAAGGCUUGUCAGCUGUUAUUCAUGCUUCCCUCAAUGAAAGUGAAGCUGCUGGGUAAACAUUAUGUUUAAAGCUUCGUACUUCUGCCUACGUUAUAUUUCUCCUUUGCAUUUUAAUUUUGAAGCUUUGAAAGCUUCUUGUUUUGGCCCUUCAGCAAGAAGACUCCCUGAUAAUAACCUUUAAUGACACUCUUAAUGGCUAAAGCCCAGAAAGCUGUUCUGCCCCAUGCACAGAACCCAGGCCUUCAGGUCAGUGCAGGGUUCACUGUGUGGCUGUUGCUUCUAGUUACUUUUGUGAACAAAAAGCUAGAAUGGCAUUGCUGAGUUUUUAAAGAAAAUGAGCUGUAGGAGUAAAAGAAUGCUGAAUCUCUCUUACCUUAUUGUGUAAGUGAUGUGAAGUUUGUUCUUCAGGACUUC